AAAAUGGGCAUGAUAGUAAUAACGGGCGCCCCCCCAUGCCUCGGGGUUGGCGUCAGUCCACGACCCACGUUUAUUAGGCGCCUGCUGAGCCGGGCGGAUCCGGGGUAUUUGUAAAGCGCUGAGGCUACGUCGCGGCCCCAGACUGUCCACACCCAGCGUGUCCGGAGCCGCCGGGGCGCCUUCUCAGGCCCCUGACCUCAGAAGCCACAUCUGUUUUGGAAUGAAGUCACCUGAAGAAAUGCGCCAGCAGGCUCACAUCCAGGUUGUUAGCAAGAACUUGUAUAGUCAGGACAAUCACCACUCUCCCCUGCUUUAUGGAGUUCUUGAUCAUAGGAUGGGUACAAGCGAGAAGGAUCGUCCUUGUGAAACCUGUGGGAAGAAUUUAGCAGAAUGUUUGGGGCAUUAUGGAUACAUUGACUUGGAAUUGCCAUGUUUUCAUGUGGGAUAUUUCAAAGCUGUCAUAGGUGUUCUACAGAUGAUCUGCAAAACUUGCUGCCACAUUAUGCUGUCCCAAGAGGAAAGGAAGCAAUUUUUAGAUUACCUAAAAAGGCCUGGUCUCACUUAUCUACAGAAAAGAGGGCUGAAAAAGAAAAUCUCUGACAAAUGCAAGAAAAAAAACACUUGUCAUCAUUGUGGAGCUUUUAAUGGUACUGUGAAGAAAUGUGGCUUGUUGAAGAUAAUUCACGAGAAGUACAAGACCAAUAAAAAAGUAGUAGAUCCUGUUGUGUCUAAUUUCCUUCAGUCAUUUGAAACCGCCAUUGAAUAUAACAAAGAAGUAGAGCCCCUGCUCGGGAGAGCACAGGAAAACUUGAAUCCCUUGGUGGUCCUGAACUUAUUUAAAAGAAUCCCUGCAGAAGAUAUCCCUCUCCUUCUAAUGAACCCAGAAGCAGGGAAGCCUUCCGACUUGAUUCUCACGCGCCUUUUGGUGCCUCCUUUGUGCAUCAGGCCCUCUGUCGUGAGUGAUCUGAAGUCUGGCACAAAUGAAGAUGACUUGACCAUGAAAUUGACAGAAAUCAUCUUCCUUAAUGAUGUUAUCAAAAAGCAUCGGAUAUCAGGUGCCAAAACACAGAUGAUCAUGGAAGACUGGGACUUCCUGCAGCUCCAGUGUGCCCUCUACAUCAACAGUGAACUCUCAGGCAUACCCCUCAAUAUGGCACCUAAGAAAUGGACCAGAGGUUUUGUUCAGCGGUUGAAAGGAAAACAAGGUCGCUUUAGAGGAAAUCUCUCCGGAAAAAGGGUAGACUUUUCUGGCAGAACAGUCAUCUCACCUGACCCCAAUCUUCGAAUAGACGAAGUAGCCGUGCCAGUUCAUGUGGCCAAAAUAUUAACCUUUCCUGAGAAGGUAAAUAAAGCAAACAUCAAUUUUAUGAGGAAACUCGUUAGAAAUGGUCCUGAAAUUCACCCAGGAGCCAAUUUCAUUCAGCAACGGCACAUGCAAAUGAAAAGGUUCCUGAAGUAUGGAAAUCGGGAGAAGAUGGCCCAAGAGCUCAAAUAUGGUGACAUUGUGGAGAGACAUCUCAUAGAUGGUGACGUGGUGUUAUUCAAUCGACAGCCCUCACUGCACAAACUGAGCAUCAUGGCUCACUUAGCAAGAGUAAAACCCCACCGGACCUUCAGAUUUAAUGAGUGUGUCUGCACACCCUACAACGCUGAUUUUGAUGGAGAUGAAAUGAACCUUCAUCUUCCUCAAACUGAAGAAGCUAAAGCAGAGGCGCUUGUUCUGAUGGGGACAAAAGCAAACCUGGUAACUCCAAGAAAUGGGGAGCCACUGAUUGCUGCUAUUCAGGAUUUCUUGACAGGUGCCUAUCUUCUUACUCUUAAAGAUACUUUCUUUGAUCGAGCAAAAGCUUGUCAGAUCAUUGCUUCCAUUCUAGUUGGCAAGGAUGAGAAAAUUAAAGUUCGCCUUCCACCCCCAACAAUCCUAAAGCCUGUUACCCUGUGGACUGGAAAACAAGUCUUCAGCCUCAUCCUUCAGCCCAGUGAUGAGAAUCCCGUGAGAGCCAACCUUCGAACGAAGGGCAAGCAGUACUGCGGCCGCGGAGAGGACCUCUGCGUUAACGACUCCUAUGUGACCAUCCAGAACAGUGAAUUAAUGAGUGGCAGCAUGGACAAAGGAACAUUAGGAUCCGGAUCCAAGAACAACAUCUUUUACAUUUUGCUGAGAGAUUGGGGGCAGAUUGAAGCUGCUGAUGCAAUGUCACGGCUCGCCAGGCUGGCACCCGUUUAUCUCUCUAACCGAGGCUUCUCCAUUGGAAUCGGCGAUGUCACGCCAGGCCAAGGACUGCUAAAGGCCAAGUACGAGUUACUGAACGCUGGCUACAAAAAAUGUGAUGAAUAUAUCGAAGCCUUGAACACAGGCAAACUGCAGCAGCAGCCUGGCUGCACCGCGGAGGAGACGUUAGAGGCAUUAAUCCUGAAGGAGCUCUCUGUGAUCCGAGACCAUGCUGGCAGUGCUUGCCUCCGAGAGUUGGAUAAGAGCAACAGUCCCCUUAUCAUGGCCCUUUGUGGCUCUAAAGGUUCUUUCAUUAAUAUAUCCCAGAUGAUUGCUUGUGUGGGGCAGCAAGCUAUCAGUGGCUCUCGAGUGCCGGAUGGUUUUGAGAACAGAUCCUUACCUCACUUUGAGAAGCACUCAAAGCUUCCAGCUGCCAAAGGUUUUGUUGCUAAUAGCUUUUAUUCUGGUUUGACACCAACGGAGUUUUUCUUCCAUACGAUGGCUGGCAGGGAAGGACUGGUUGACACGGCUGUCAAGACGGCUGAGACAGGGUAUAUGCAGAGAAGGCUUGUGAAAUCUCUUGAAGAUCUCUGCUCACAAUAUGACCUUACUGUCCGAAGCUCAACUGGUGAUAUUAUCCAAUUUAUUUAUGGUGGUGACGGCUUGGAUCCUGCAGCCAUGGAGGGAAAAGAUGAGCCCUUGGAGUUCAAAAGAGUGCUUGAUAACAUCAAAGCAGUCUUCCCAUGCCAGAGUGAACCAGCCCUCAGUAAAAACGAAUUGGUGCUAACGACUGAAUCGAUCAUGAAGAGAAAUGAGUUCCUCUGCUGCCAGGACAGCUUUCUUCAGGAAAUAAAAAAAUUUAUCAAAGUUGUUUCAGAGAAGAUCAAGAAAACCAGAGAUAAAUAUGGCAUCAACGACAAUGGAACGACAGAGCCACGUGUGUUGUACCAGCUGGAUCGGAUCACUCCCACCCAGAUAGAAAAGUUCCUUGAGACCUGCAGGGACAAGUACAUGAGGGCACAGAUGGAGCCUGGUUCUGCAGUGGGUGCACUUUGUGCUCAGAGCAUCGGUGAGCCUGGCACACAGAUGACACUGAAGACCUUCCACUUUGCAGGUGUGGCUUCCAUGAACAUCACUCUGGGUGUGCCCCGCAUCAAAGAAAUCAUCAAUGCCUCCAAAGCCAUCAGCACUCCAAUUAUCACAGCCCAGCUAGACAAGGACGAUGACGCCGACUAUGCCCGUCUCGUGAAAGGACGAAUUGAGAAAACUCUCUUGGGAGAGAUUUCUGAGUACAUCGAAGAAGUCUUUCUCCCUGAUGAUUGUUUUAUUCUCGUCAAGCUCUCAUUGGAACGCAUUAGACUUCUGAGACUCGAGGUGAAUGCUGAAACUGUGCGUUACUCCAUCUGCACGUCAAAGCUUCGAGUGAAGCCUGGAGAUGUGGCUGUUCAUGGGGAGGCCGUGCUCUGUGUUACCCCAAGAGAAAACAGCAAGAGCUCCAUGUACUAUGUGCUGCAGUUUCUGAAAGAAGACCUGCCCAAGGUUGUGGUACAAGGUAUCCCAGAGGUGGCAAGAGCCGUGAUACAUAUUGAUGAGCAGAGUGGAAAGGAGAAGUACAAGCUGCUGGUGGAGGGCGAUAACCUCAGGGCUGUCAUGGCGACACACGGCGUUCAAGGCACCAAGACGACUUCCAAUAACACAUACGAGGUAGAGAAAACCCUGGGCAUUGAAGCUGCACGGUCAACUAUUAUUAAUGAGAUCCAGUACACCAUGGUCAACCAUGGCAUGAGCAUUGACAGGAGACACGUCAUGCUGCUUUCAGAUCUCAUGACAUACAAGGGUGAAGUUCUGGGUAUUACUAGGUUUGGCCUGGCCAAAAUGAAGGAAAGUGUGCUGAUGCUGGCUUCCUUUGAAAAGACUGCUGACCAUCUCUUUGAUGCAGCCUACUUUGGGCAGAAGGAUUCUGUGUGUGGUGUUUCUGAGUGCAUUAUCAUGGGAAUCCCCAUGAACAUUGGAACCGGGCUCUUCAAGCUGCUGCAUAAAGCUGACCGGGACCCAAAUCCUCCCAAAAGGCCCCUUAUCUUCGAUACAAAUGAAUUUCACAUUCCUCUGGUCACAUAGCACCUGUUAGAGCUUGGAGCAGAAACAGUCCUGAUCUUGAGCUCCCUUUCUGUGCCAUCCUGUCCAGAAAGGAGGGGAUUCGGGGGCUGUUGCUGUGUUAAGACAGUGCCAUCCUCCCCUAGAGCCAAGCAGAGAUCUGCCUGAUGCCAGCAUGCACAAGAUGCAUGCUCCAGGGAGCAGCACCUGACAUACACUGGUUUUCAGGAGACCGUCUGGGGGACUUGAAACAUGCCAACAGUUUUCAGGACUAAUGACCUGGAAAUUCGCCACUCUGAAGAACGUCCUGUUUUGAGGCUUUUUUACAUGGACAUCUCAACAUCUAGUUCCUUCCCGCCCUGAUUCUUCUCAUAAAGUCUGUAGAGUCUUGUUUGAGGACUCCUGUUAGACACGCCGCUUAGGUUUCUUCAUGGCAGCCUCCUGCUCUAGUGACGUCUGUAGUCCUUAACCACCUCAAUGGCUUGGCGUGUCUUCCUGCUGGUGCCACAGCUGUCGAGUGGCCAAUUCGGCCCUGGCAGGGAGGACCCAUCUGCAGCCUCUUGUUUGUCUUUGGAUGCAGGGAUUUCCUGAUGCAGUAUACUUGGGUGAAAAUGAGUGGUGUUAUUUAUUGAUUUGAUUUAGAGGUUUUGAUGUUUUUGUUUGGUUUUGAGCACAAGGAACUACAAAACCAGCAGUGAAGUAGCCUUAGAAAAACCGGUUACAGAGAGCUUGCAGUGAAGGCUCUGUAACAGAGCUCGCGUUCUGUGGAAGCCUGCGGUCCCUCUUGGGAACUUCUCGCUGCCCUGACGGGACCUAGUCCACUCUUCCCCCCUUCUCUCACUUUCCCCUGCCCCAACCACAAGGCAUUUUAAGUGGCAGCAUUCAUGUUCUGCUCGAAGCCUUGAUGACCCUUCAGAGUCUGAGCAAGGUCUUUCCAGAAUUCAGGGCCGGGGGAGGAGGCUCUUUGUUGGGAUCUUUGUGAACCAAGGAUAGAGGAAGGCAGGGCACAGUUGGCAGGCGGUCUGGCCGCUGGCUUUACUUCUCUCUGAGCUGUGUUCUAGCCGUCCCUUCACAAGCCAAGAAGGCAGGAGAACUCUGACCCAGCCAAGAUGAAAGGAAAGGCCUUCAGCUGACAAUUGGGAAGCUGUGUCCCAAGGACAGUGGUGUGGAGGAGGAGGGAAGCUUAGAGAGGAGACGCUGGCUUUUUUUUUUAAAUAAAGAAAAUUUCAUUUCUUCCUAUAAAAAUGGCUAGUUUUACCAAGCUUACAAAUUAAAUAUUCUAGAUUAAAUUAAAUGUUUAAAUAGUGAAGUAUUAUGCAUACAUGUAUUUCUCACCAUGGAGAUAGACACAUGCAUGUAUGUAUGGACCCAUGUAUGUAUAAACAGUGUUGCUUAGUGGGAACAGGGCACCUUUGGUGUGAGAAAGACCUAGGUCUAAGCCUUGCCUUUGACACAUAAUGCUGUAUGACAAAGGACACAUCAUUUAACUUCCCAGUGUCCCCUGUGAUUGUAAAUGAUCAAAGAAUUGCCAAAUCUGCACUGGGAGAAGGAGCUGCCAUGUUGGUAGUUCUUCACACUGAUAAAAUCACUGGUCUGAGUGACCAAAAAGCCGUAGAUGGACGGACAUACACACUUACAUACACACAUGCCUACUGGUUGGGUUGGGGAAUGGAAAGCCUUGGCUUUGGAGCUUGAGAUUCUGGCUUUGCCUGUGUAACCUUGAGUGAAUCACAUCAUUCUCUUGGCCUUCAUUUCCUUACCUAUUAAAGGGAGGAACUAAACUAGAUAUUUAUAUAAGGUCUCCUGGCUCUGAAUCCUGUGAUCCUAGUCUUUGAAAGGUCAGGGGGGCCACACCAAGAGAGGGGAGGGAAAGGGGUGGUGACAUGCCACACUUGGCGGCAUCAGGCUUCUCCUGGAGAGGGGUGGGGGCGUGUGUAAAUGUACUGUUAUAAGAAGUACACAUCAGGUCUUUGUACAAAUGAAGCAGCAGGGUACCCAAGGAAAACCCAUUCUUAAUCAUCUGCUUAGAUUGCUGCACAAUAACUGCAUAAUUGCUAGUGGAGUUUUCAAGGCUUUUGAAGGGGUUUUGUGCAAUAUAUGAAAGAAGGGUGAGUAGCCUGCCAUCAAGAGAGGAGACUGGAUUUUGCUCUAGGAGACAAUGUGUUCUUUGUACAGAAUUUGCUCAUUAAGACUGGCAAAGAGCCAGAGAGAAGAAAUGAAAAAUGGAGACAGCAACAGCACAGCCCCUCCCUCCCCAGAACCUUCUGUGCAGGGCCCCUCCUUUGUUCAUCCCUGAAGGGUUAUGUCCCAUACCCCAGAAACAUGCCCCAAAGCUCCAUGCCUUCCCAGUGACUGGGCCUCAGGACCAUCCUUGAAGCUACAUCCAAAGAGAGUUCUGGCCAGUGCUAGAGGCCAGGGAGUCUUCCCCAUAUGUGAGACCUGCCUCUGGAAUGAUUUGGUUUGGAUUGUUCUGUUCUUUCAUUUAGUGAGUUGUUAAGUGAGGUGUUAGGGACUUAGAAGUCAUGUGCAUUAUGGAUAGGUAGGAAAAAUGAAGAGCAGAAGUUUGAGGGAAAUUCCAGGGAAGGCCCACAGAAUUGUAAGAUUCAGUGUCCAAACUUUAGUGUUUUGUGUGGAGGUGUUGUGGGAGGCAUUAAAGUGCUUAAUAGGAAUUACAGGAUUGUAGGUUUAAUAGGUGGAAGGAAUAGAUAUGAGAAGUCCUCUAGUCCAGCCUUAUUUUCCAAGUGAGAAAACUGAUGCCUAAGGACACUUGCAUAACAUGUACAAGAUCACAGGAAGUAAGUGAUCACACCAGAAUCUAAAGUCAGUCCCUUUAGUUCCAAAUGUAGUGUUCUUUCCACUGUGCUGUGCUGGUUUUGGGGACUCUUGUAAUUAUUUAAAAAUUGAAUGCACCUAGCUAGCUCUUUUCCAACGUGCAGCUGAAAAAAAAAAAGAAUUACAAAUUCUUGGCACGAGUUGAAAUGACAUUUCUUGUCAACAUGAUGAUCAGAUUAAAAUUUCUACUACAAAAUAGAGUUGUCCCAAACCUGCCAUCUGAUCUUUUGAACUUUCUAAGAAAGAUAAAGGGUGGCAGUCUGAUGGGAGUUGUUUUUACAUUUAGCUCAGCUGUCCUUGUGAAUUACGACAACAUUAACCAAGUGUUAGUUGGACUCAAAGAUCAGCCGGUGGAGAUUGGGCAACCUAUUGGGCAACCCUGUUCUCAGGAAAGUAAAGGGAUGAUCGUUAGCUAUAUCUCAAUGGCUUAUAACUUAAAAGUGGAGGGAGGAUUAUGUUGUUGCUCUGGAUGGUAAAAACUAGUCAUAAAGAUGUAAAUCAUCUGGUCUUCUGGCUGUGCUCUAGGUUAGCAAGUGGGGCAGGAAAUGCUUCUAGUUUCUAGGUUAAAUGUAGAGCUCCCAAGAAUAUAACUUUCUGUGAAAAUUAAUGAUGAAAAAAAGAGACACCUUCAGAAUGAACUGCCCCUGCUACCCUUUGGUGGGAGACCUGUAAGGCCAAGGAACUGUAGUUACUCAUAGAAGUGGCAAAAGGUGGACAUAAAAACACUGAGACUGAAAAAUUGACCCCUUCCUUUCCUGUUGAUGCUGUAGAAUGAGAUACUUCCAGUGAUGUGUUGGUUGUGAAUAAUAAAGUGACUUUACAGUGUAAAUCAAGGUGGGUGUUUUAGGUUCUGUACUCAGGGUUGAGAGCUGUAAGACUACUGGAAUUGGGAUCAAUGAAUAUAGUCUAGAGACAGUGAUGGAAACCAAUAUAUCAUAUAGAACUCUCAGAAAAUUAUUCUUGUUUACAUGCCUGAACACACAGCAAGAACUAGAAAGUAGGGACAAUAGCAUGAGCUUCUUAUUAGCUCCGAUCAGAAGAUGGGGAAUUAGGGAAUAUGACGGGACCUGACUCCAUACUAGUGGCCACCACAGUGUUGCCAGCCCUGACUUCCUCCCCCUUUGUUGCCCUAAAGCGCCGCCCUGAAUUUAUCAGUUGAAACCCCUGGUUUGAAAAGGGUUGAAAGCUGUUGUCCACACAGCCUUUAGUUGUGUGGCCUUGGAAAAGUCAUUUAAUGUCUCCAAUCCUCAGUUUUCCUCAUCUGUCAAGUGCAGCUCAAAAAUUCUGAAUCUAACUAAUGAACACAGGCUCAGAAAUUACAGGCAGAUACUUGCAUUCAUUUAUCUGAAAUUAUCCCAAACUGCUGGCCAUAAAAAAAACCAAAAACAAACCAAAAAAACAGCUCACAACACUCUGUCUACCUAUUCUGAAAUCAAAGUUAGGUGGGUCAAAUUGCAGAGUGCCACAGGGUCGAUUCUAUGUGUACAUAGCUUUUGUUUUCUCCCAGAUGUGACUAUGGUGGAAAUUGACUGGAACGUUUGCUUUUGUGCAGCCUCAGGUCAAAAUUAGACGUGUGUGUUAUAUUUCACAUAUUCCAAACUGGAGGCCAAAUGGUGAGUUUAAAAUUUCUGGAAUUAUUUGAAGGGGAAAAAAUGCUUCUAAAUGCCAUCUCACCCAUUAAAGUAUAUUUAUCCCUGAGAAGUGAUUCUUUAUUCAGUUCUUUGCCCUUUCAGUAUCCUUUUGUACCAGUGAAUUAAAAGUAGUUAUUUGUUUUCAA